AUGACAUCUUUCGGACGAAUUGCUGUACUAAUUGAUUUGUCCGGAACGCUGCACAUUGAAGAUAUUUGUAUUACCGGAGCUCCAGCAGCUCUACAACGAUUAAGGCGCAAUCCUCGUUAUGUUAUCAAAUUCGUUACCAACACAACGAAGGAAUCAACGAACCGACUCUAUGAACGCCUUACAAAGCUUGGAUUGGAAAUUACACGAUCGGAAAUAUUCACUUCACUUACUGCUGCUAAAGAUCUCAUCAAAAAGGAAAAUUUACAGCCAGCAUUAUUUUUAGAAGACGCUGCACUUGAAGAUUUUAGAGAUUUGAAUGUGGACAUUAAGAAACCGAACGCAGUAGUUAUUGGACUUGCUCCCUCAAAAUUCCAUUUUAAAUCUUUGAAUGAAGCAUUUCGGCUACUGCUGUGCGGUGCGAAACUAAUUGCCAUUCAUAAGGGACGAUAUUUUAAGCAAAAAGAUGGUUUAUCAUUAGGACCAGGCCCUUUCGUACAAGCGCUUGAAUAUGCCGCCGAUGUUGAAUCUCAAGUGGUCGGCAAACCGGAACGUGAGUUCUUUUUAACAGCUUUAGCUAGUAUCGAUAAUUCUUUGACGCCACAACAAGCUGUGAUGAUUGGUGACGAUGUUCGAGAUGAUGUUCUUGGAGCUAUCAAUGCUGGAAUGCGUGCGAUCCUUGUGAAAACUGGCAAAUAUUCUGAAGGCGAUGAGUUGAAAAUACCGGAGACUUCGAGAAAUUGUGUAGAAAGUUUUGUGGAAGCAGUUGAUUUGAUCGAAAAAAAUCUUGUUAAAUGA